GUGGAGUUUACAGUGUGUUUUCUGGCAGAGCUGCUCUGUCUUCCUGAGGCUUAGAAUUUCUGGCUGCCUGUGAGCUGAGAGAGGAGCUUGACACAAUGGAUCUCAGCUCCAUAAAGACUGAAAAUGGCAAAGUCUCCUGUGAGACUCCAGAGGGAACUGUGGUAAACGUUACUAUUAACCAGCGUUCUGCCUUGGAUUGUUUGUUGGAUACCUUCCGUUUCUUCCGGGACAUGAAGAGAAGUGGGCAAAAGACCAAGCCCUCCCGUAUGUCUGGUUCUGCAGCCAACUUAGGGUUUGGGGUUGCCUAUCUUUCCUUGGGUUUGAUGUCUGUCAUGUUGGCCAUUAUUUUCAGCAUUACACAGCCGGACUUGAGAAUCUUCUAUUCAGGGGUCCACUUCUGGGUAGGCUUUCCGUUCCUUGUGUCUGGACUACUGAAUCUUGUGGCUUACAGGUUCCCAAACAUAUGGUGGAGGACACUUGCCUUCAUUUCCCUUUUAGUCAACUUUGGUGUGUCUAUUGGGGGAAUGGUAGUUACAGUUGGUGAUACUUAUCGUUUCUACUGGAUGGAACCUGAUGAACAAGCCUGUUAUAAUCUUGUUAAUGGACGUGGAUAUUACAGAGCAACAAGCGGCUACAAUGAUUAUGAGCUUCAGAGAUGCCUAGAUGGAAUCCGAAAAUACAAGUUUCUAAUAAAAUGCUUGACAUAUAUGACCUUGGUGAUAAUGAUCUGGGGUCUCUGCAUGGCAAUCCUAAGCGUGGGCAUGAGAGUGAAGUCAUUUUGCUGUUCUUGCAAAUUAGAGAAAACUGAUGAGAACGAUGAUGCUCUGAUAAAACCAAAUCCUUCUGAUGAUAUCAUCAUUGCCUAAAGAGUGGUAAAAUCCACUGAUCUAAGGGAUAGUUGUAAAAUCAUAUAAUGUAAGGGGAAAGCUGUUGGAUUAAAAAAAAAGGUUGGGAUAUAUGCACGUUGGUGCCAACCUUAGCAUUGUGUUUAGUAUUAUACCAUAUAAUCACAUAAGAUGAUUACAGAAUGUACACUGCAGAAUACACUUACCCUGCUAUACCACUGAAUCUUUCCUCCCCAUGUCAUAGAAUCCAGUGUGGUUCAUUUCCACUAGUCUGGUCUUUCUGAUUACGUAGCAUUUCUGUUUUGUCAUAAUCAAAUAUAUAAUUGUUACUUGCCACUUGUUUGGCUACAUACUGAUGUGUAAUCACACUACAUAAUAAAGCAAAUCUCCAUUUCACAUGCCUUUAA